GGGUGGGCCGGAAGGAAUGGGCGUGGCCGGAGUCGGAGUCCAAGGUUUCCAGCGCAGCAACUGCCAGAGCUGCGUGGAGGUCUGAGCAGAGCGGACGUGGGGCGCUUCCCUCCCACGGGAAACGCCUGCCAAUGCUUCCUCACUGGGACGCAGACUCCGCUUUUGGAGCUGUCUUGUAGCUGGAUCAGCAAGGAGGAGAAAUUCUAAAGCAGUCAGAAGAAAGUGUUUCGGUUUGUGACACUUACUUGCCCCUGGAAAUGGGGAAUGGACUGUCAGACCAGACGUCUAUCCUGUCCAGCCUGCCUUCCUUUCAGUCUUACCACAUUGUUAUCCUGGGUUUGGACUGUGCUGGAAAAACAACAGUCUUAUACAGGUUGCAGUUCAACGAAUUUGUAAAUACUGUACCUACCAAAGGAUUUAACACUGAGAAAAUCAAGGUAACUUUGGGAAAUUCUAAAACAGUCACUUUUCACUUCUGGGAUGUAGGUGGUCAAGAGAAGUUAAGGCCCCUAUGGAAGUCUUACACCAGAUGCACAGAUGGCAUAGUGUUUGUUGUGGACUCGGUUGAUGUUGAAAGGAUGGAAGAAGCCAAAACUGAACUUCAUAAAAUAACUAGGAUAUCUGAAAACCAAGGAGUCCCUGUACUUAUAAUUGCUAACAAACAAGAUCUGAGGAACUCCCUGUCUCUCACAGAAAUUGAGAAAUUGUUAGCAAUGGGUGAAUUGAGCUCAUCAACUCCUUGGCAUUUGCAGCCCACGUGUGCAAUCAUAGGAGAUGGACUAAAAGAAGGACUGGAGAAACUGCAUGAUAUGAUAAUUAAAAGAAGAAAAAUGUUGCGGCAACAGAAGAAGAAAAGAUGAAUAUUGCUGCCUUUUAUAUCUGUGUGGAGUAGGUUUCCUCUGGUAUGAUUUUGACAAACGCAAGAGUGUCUGCAGCCCGGGUUGCCUGUUUGCCCUCCUGGGUGCUGUUAAAGCUUUGUUUUGUUGAAUAGUCAGAUGCCCAACUCCGUUUCCUUGUGGAAGAUGAGCAAAUGCAGUGCUUCUUCAAGAGGUCUCUUCUCCCUACCCCAUGUCUUCUGGUACUACCACUUUGGGAAGGCAAGCAAGCAUAGUAGAUUGACCAGAAAACAGUUGUGGAAAUUUGAUCUGAAGUUAAUGAAAUAAAACUUUGCAGAGUGUCUGUUAGUGUUUUGUGCUUGUAUCUUUUAGGGGGAAGCCUUUUCAGAAAAAUUGCCUACAAGGCUUUGUAUGUUAAGAUAAAAUGCUGAUGAAUGGAAAUGUUAAGGUAGAUUAACACACACACACACACACACACACAUUGAUCUGUAUUGAUUGUGCUGGGACAAGAGGAAGUGUUUACUUUUUUAAGUUUUGGCUGGAUAGUUUUUAGCCUUUUCUGGAAUCAAUGCUGUCUCUUAAUUCUAGACAAUGUUUUUUUCUAAAGUUGGUCUAACAUUAAUAAAAAUAAGGUGUUUGAGGUGUCUUCAAGUGCAUGGACUAGUUUUGACACAGCAUGUUUUGGUGUGUAGUUUACUUUUUAGAAAUAGCUAUGCAUCUUCCUAUACAGUUUUAAAACAUUUUUGGGAUUUGGGGCUAAUAUAGAAAUGGUUGUCAGAAGCACUUUCACAUGAAGAACUUAAAAUCUACUUGACUCUUGUAUAGUAAAGAUGGGCAUGUAGAUUAAUUCUAAAUACAUAUGCUUGGAUAUAUAUGGAUUUAUGAAGAAAGCAAUUGUUAAAUUCAGUCAAGAGGCUAUAAUUAGAAUAAAUACAUAAUCUCUAGUUAAAAGACAUUUGUUAAUAUUUGCUGGCUGAAAACAGAUGUGUUUUUCAUAUAUUUUUGUAGUAUUUUGGGAGGAGCAAAAGCUUUACAAAACAACACCCGAUAUGCUGUGGAAUGAAAAUACAAGAUGCCUAUAUGCGUUCUGAGCUUUAAUUUUUUUGUUUACCAGCUGAACAGUAUUACUAGGCCUGUGCAGUCCUGAUUAUGGGAAGAAAUGAUACAGUACUGCAGAUAAGAAAUAUGAUUAUAGAACGUGAAGGGGGAAGUAGGAAAGCUGUUUUAUGAAGAUUCACUGGUGCUGUUUCCAUUGUAAUAAACAUAAAACUUUACAAGGAGGAAAGAUCUUUAUUUAAUUCUUCCAGGGAGAAAUUUAAUUCCAGUAUUCCUAUAUUGGCAAAUAUAUAUUUAUUUCCUAUUUGUAAAGCCAACAGCUGUUUAUCCUGAAGUCACCAAGAGAAAUGCACUUUGCUAGCAGGUUUUGGGUUUUUAUCUUUGGUUUAGGUUUAAGUUUUGGGUUCUUUUGGUUUUCCAAUGGCACAAUUUAAAAUUUUGGAAACUUGGUUCUUGUUACACACAAAAUAAAGUAGCUUCCUGUGGAGCUUUCAUGUUAAA